AUUUCCUUCGAUCAGGUGAUUACGCGUGCUUGCCAGCGAGAUCCAACCUUAAGAUACUGCAUCGAAGCGAGAGAUCGAAAUAUCACAAAUGCUUCCGGAGGACGAUCACAAUAUGCUUCCAAAAACACUGGAAGAAUCUUACCAGAGGAUGAUCCUGGUAGCAGAGUUUUCAACCGAUUGCUUGCUGAUCCAGUAGCUGAAAAAGAAGUAUUUCGAUCGUCGACGCGCGAACUCCCGCUGCACGAGGCAUCAUCAGCAAGCACCGAAACUAACGACCCAUUCUGUGACGAGGACGAAGAUCGUUACAACCACUACUGCCAUGACGUUAUUGAGCGGUCAUCCAGCACUCAGCAGGAACUAUUCAAAUACUGCAUCGAUUACGAGAUAAAAUGCCCACAUAAGACUGUCAACAAAAAGAACACUGGAGCCACUCGGGCGUACACGAUGGUUCCCAAACUGCUUGAGGUAUCCUCUGUUACCAGCCCAUAUUCGGAUAGUACUGGCUCCGUUCGUUACCUCUGUAACGACAUCUGGGAUAUUGCUUUAACCCGCUAA